AUGAGCUCCUACGUAGCCAAUUCAUUCUAUAAGCAGAGCCCCAAUAUCCCUGCCUAUAACAUGCAAACUUGUGGGAACUAUGGAUCGGCCUCAGAGGUGCAGGCAUCCAGGUACUGCUACGGCGGAUUGGACUUAAGCAUCACUUUCCCACCGCCUGCGCCUUCCAACUCUCUCCACGGGGUAGACAUGGCUGCCAACCCCCGGGCUCACCCCGACCGCCCCGCCUGCAGCGCCGCGGCCGCUCCAGGACACGCUCUGGGCAGAGACGAAGCGGCUCCUCUGAACCCCGGGAUGUACAGUCAGAAGGCGGCUCGCCCAGCGCUGGAGGAGCGAGCUAAGAGCAGUGGGGAGAUCAAAGAGGAGCAGGCGCAGACAGGGCAGCCUGCCGGACUGAGCCAGCCACCGGCCCCGCCACAGAUUUACCCGUGGAUGACCAAACUGCACAUGAGCCACGAGACAGACGGCAAGCGGUCCCGAACCAGUUACACGCGCUACCAGACUUUGGAACUGGAAAAAGAAUUCCACUUUAACCGCUACCUCACUCGCCGCAGGCGCAUAGAGAUCGCCAACAACUUGUGUCUCAACGAGAGACAGAUCAAGAUCUGGUUCCAGAACCGCAGGAUGAAGUGGAAGAAAGAUUCCAAAAUGAAAAGCAAAGAGGCUCUUUAGGAGGCAGCGGGGACGCCCGCCAACAGCACCCUGAGCUCCUUUCACUCCCCUCGCCUUUCCUUUCCGGUUUUCCUCUCUGUUUUAGGGCAAGGGCGGUGGCUGGGGACCCGCUCCCGGGCCCCAAAGACAAAAGCGCUUUCCCCGGCAUUCCGCAUCUCCACCGACCCCAGGUUCCCGCGGGGCUGACCCUGCUGUGCUGACUCCCCUCAGUUCUGCUCAGCUCUGGGGCGCCCCGGGGCCGGCUCCGCAGGGGUCCGAGGGCUGUGGCUCACUGGCGCUGCCCAGGCUGGCGCUGCCCCGACCGGCCUGGGCCGCCUCUCAGGCUCCCAGCCCCAGCUAGACCCACCCGAGCGAAGGUGGGCCGUGUGGUUGCUGCAGGCCGGGCGCCCCGACCCUCCAGCCUCGCUCUCUCCUUUGUUCCCGGUUUGGGCUGGCCAGGCCGCUUCGAUCUGGCGAAAGAGUGGUUGUGCUUGGGGGAGUCUGGCGCCAGGCUCGGGGUGCUUCGCUGUAGUGACUACACUCAAGUGGUUGAUUUUUAAAUAAUUUGCAUAAUAAAAGGGGAGCCGAUUGAAGUCUGCCUCGGGCUCCUUGGGUUGUCCUCUGCUCUAUAAACCUUUCUCCCAACCCUAAACCCGGGAACCUCUCCAGCCUGCGCCCUCUGCAUGCCUUCAGGCCCCCCAGCCUCAGACCACUAGCUAGCUCAACUAUUGAGGUUCCCUGCCACAGGACCCCAGCAGCGGUCCGAGGGGCUCCUGGCUGCUAGUAUCCUUGCCGCGACUUUCUGUGCCCGCCUGCCCCAUCGCUGUUGUACAACUAUUUAUUGACUCCAGGUCUCU